AACUCUUCUGAUGUACUUUUGCUCUUAAUGCAUUUAAUGCAAACACUGCUACAUUCAAAUCUGCUGAAGGCUUCACAGAUUUUAUUUUAGAAAUCUGGGGAUGUAGUUAAGGGGUGGUAUGGACAGAGGAUUGUUUUUGGAUGUUCUUAAGCUUAUCAGGAUGUAUCCUACGCUCUUUCUUUCGCAAGUUUCUUGAACCUUGUCCUGCUGUGAGGAAAACCAGUGCAGCCAAUGUCUUGUUUUAGGGACUUUAGACCUCUGGUUUGGGGAUGCCUCUGGAUCUUAAGGCUAUUCCUGUGGAGAUGGAUCUUUUGAUUUCCCCCAUUGAGCCGUUACCCUUCAAACCAUCAUCAUUUUUUUUGAGGCAGAUGAUAAAUAAAUGGACCCCGCCCCCGAUUCCCCAAAAUUUUAAAGGUUCACUAACGGUUUGUGGAAAAAACAGUUUAAUUCCACAAACAUGUAAGGUGUUGUCAUCAAAACCAUCAUUGUGCAUCCUUAUUGUUUUCUAAAUAUCAUAUUUCUGUCUUGUCAUGAAAGUCUAAAAAAUAAGUCAGAAAACAGAAAUCUGCUUCAGAUUGUUGCGUGCAUCUUGUUGAGUGGUUGGUUCUUAAUGAAGAUGAAUGUAGAGACACUACCAGGCGUAAUAAAAAACAUUCUUACUCAGCAGCAGAGCAAACCUUGGAAACAGACGUCACAGUUAUGUAUGCUUGGCACGCUUUCAGGAAAUUUGUAAUGAGGUUGCAACACGCGAUCCUUUGGGGAAUAUCUGUGGCUGGGUGUAACAAGGGUUUAAAAAUCCACCUGUGCAUCACUCAGUCUGCUGCUGCGCGCCUGCUAGAGCGAGUUCAAGAAUUUCUUCGUUUUAAGAGGGAAAGUUCAACAGAGAGAACAAUGAAGCUCGACUGGUCUGAGAACUACAGCUAUCCGAACUCAGCUUUUAUCGGAGUAGACCCGCACAGUGGGUCCAACAACAUUGAUCAUCGCACCAGUGAAAUCUCAUUGAAGGAGCUCAUUGUGAGACGAGGCCAGCCCUUCAAAUUCACCCUCAAACUGGCCAAACCCUUCAAUCCCGCCCUUGAUGAGCUCAUCAUGACUGUUAAGACUGGAGACCAUCCUUCUGAAGACCUCGGGACGAUGUCUCGCUUUGGUGUCCCAGACAAAGUGCAACGUUUGCCUUCUGCCAAGGCGGUGUGGAAAGCAGAGCUGCAGCGGAGCACUGCUCCUGAAGCAGGGAUCCUGACUCUGAGCAUUACACCCUCGGUUGACUCUCCAGUAGGGGAGUACACAAUGUCUGCAAGACUCGGGGAGGAGGAGAGGGCGUUGGCAAACCUUUCUGUGCUUUUCAACCCGUGGUGUCCUGGGGACAUGGUGUUUAUGCCUGAUGAAGUAGAGAGAAAGGAGUAUGUCAUGAAUGAACAGGGUAUAAUCUACAAAGGAGUUGAUAAUUACAUAUCUCCAAUUCACUGGGACUACGGACAGUUUGAAGAAGAUAUGGUGAGUAUUUGCGUGAAGAUCCUCGACUGCAGCAUAAAACACAAGCAAGACCCAGCCAAAGACGUUUCUGCUCGCUGUAACGCCAUCUAUGUCAGCCGUGUCAUCACAUCCAUGAUUAACAGUGAAAACGAAGGAGGCAUCCUGAAAGGAAACUGGGGAAAUGAUUUCAGAGGCGGGGUCCCACCCACCCACUGGAGCAGCAGCUAUCCCAUUCUUAAACAGUGGUUCAACGCCUGCUUCUGCUCUGUGAAGUACGGGCAGUGCUGGGUGUUUUCAGGCGUCAUGUGUUCAGUGAUGCGCCUGCUGGGCAUUCCCUGCCGUGUCGUCACCAACUACCAGUCGGCUCACGACACCAACAAGAACCUCACCGUCGACACCUACUUUGCUGACUACGGCGUUAGAGAGAAAGAGUCCAAAGACAGUGUCUGGAACUAUCAUGUCUGGGUUGAGGGGUGGAUGAGGCGGCCCGACCUGGCGAAAGAUGGUAGAUAUGAUGGCUGGCAAGUGUUGGAUCCAACUCCACAAGAAAAGAGUGACGGUAUGUUCUGCUGUGGCCCAGCCCCAGUCUCAGCCGUCCGGAACGGAGACACUCAUCUCAAAUACGAUGUUCCCUUUGUCUUCGCUGAGGUCAACGCAGACUGCAUAACCUGGCUGGUCAAACGUGAUAGAUCCAAGGUGAAGAUUCAUUCAGAGGAUCACAGAAUUGGGCAGAGCAUCUCCACCAAGGCUAUCGGCACGAGCAAGAGGAUGGACAUCACAGACAGCUAUAAGCAGAAAGAAGGAACAAAACAGGAAAGAACCGUCUUCCAAUACGCCCUUUCCAGAGUGGAGGAAGGAGGAGAGGGAGAAACUUGUAUUAUUGGUGAGAAAGUUGAAAAUGGGACAACAGAUACGAACAACGGAUCCAUCGAAGCUACUACACAGCCAGAAGAACAAAUAUGCAGUCCCACGCCUCCACCACAACUGUUCAUUCGAUUUGAAGAGGUGUCCAGGCCUGUGAACGGUGAGGAUGUGAGUGUGAGGCUGGUUCUAAACAGCGACAGCAAAGUCGUCAGGCUGCUGUCCAUCAACAUCAGCGUCCAGGCCAUGAGGUACACCGGACGACCAGCCGGAAACAUCCUAGCUAACUCUACGGAGCAGCAGCUGAUGCCUGGGAGAGAUCUGAUCAUCCCUAUCCUGGUACCGUAUUGGACGUAUCAGAAAUUCAUGAUUGAUUGUGAGAGCAUGAACAUUUCCGCUAUGGUAACAGACCAGCGGAAGAAAAAUCACGUCUUCCUGGCAGAGAACCGCAUUGUGCUGAUGAACCCCCCAAUCGUCAUUACCAUGAAUGGUGAGGGCCAAAUGAACAAAGAAAUAACUGCUGAAGUGCUUUUCAUGAACCCAGUCAACGAACUACUGAGAAACUGCAGUCUGACUCUGUCUGGAAGUGGCCUCAUAAAUGGGGAGCUAGUAACCAGACUUCCAGAUCUGCCUCCAAAAAACAGAGUCCGUGUCAUGGUUGGCAUGAUUCCCUAUAGGAGCGGAGAGAGGACUCUUCUAGUCGACUUCGACUGUGCGUCUUUCAGAGACAUCAAGAAAAGCUGCACAGUCAUCAUCAGACCCUAGAUUCCUGUCAUGUACUUCCUUUUCUUCCUUUAAAGCAAGAUGAUUGAUGAAAAUAUUACUCUUACAGACGAUUUGACGUGCUUUGCAAAACUGACAUAAAACAUAUACUUAUUGUAAGCAUUCAAUGUCUGUUUGACUACAUAUUCUUGAUCAUUCUUUUUUUAGUUGGAAAUCAGAAACUGACUUGACAGCGGUCCCAUAGAAGUCACAGGUUUUACACAAGUGCUGUGAAAUGUAGUUUUAAAAAGUGUUUAUUUACUACUGUGUUUAGUAUAUUUCUUUGUGAACAUAUUUUGUUGAAAAAAAUUCAUCUCUCAUCCAAAGAAAGGAUGUAAAAAUCAUUAACCGGUUAGACCUCACAUUGCUCCAAAAGCAGCUUCUUACAUACCUGCCUUGUUACAUCUAGUAAAAUUUGUUCAUUUGUUCACACUCCUCCUCGGUUACUAUCUCUUCUUCUUAAAGUACUUUCAGUUUAUGUCUGUAGGUUUAUAAAGUGUAUUUAAAUAAGUGCCUUUUCAGCCUGUUACAGUGUCUGCAUAUUUUCUGUCUAAUAUCCAAUGCAAAACAAUUCAAAUAUGCUGAAUAGUCUUGAUGUUCAAUGAUAUAUCGCUGAAAAUGAUUGAAGGUAAUCAGUGCUAGAUACCAAAUACCACAAAAGACAAGGAACUGACAUCAUGUAAGUCCAGGGAUUUAUCAGGUUGAUGUUCCAAAGUACUUAUUUUUUUAUGAUUUUAUGAUUCACUGGGAUUCCAGUCUUGCUGAUCUCUUUACAUAUUCUGUUAGGAGUUUAGAUCAGCCAAUAUAACCUCAUCCUCCAUAUGAAGGCCUGCUUGCAGGGCAUGCAGAGAAAAAGCAGGUGAUGUUAGUUUUGCAAACGACAGCUCCAGUUUGCGUGUCAUUACAGAUCUUUAGUUAAUAAGGUAUGCGAUAUACAGAUUAUUACCUUCUUGUGCUUUAGUCGUAGGUAAAGGAUCAGGUGAUACUGGUGUGGCAUAACAAGGCAUAACAAGAUGGUUCACAAAAAAAAGGAAGAUCAUUAAAGGAAGCUUACAUUAAAUGAUCUGGUCCUGGGAGCUCUAAGUAAACAGGUAUCCAGUGACAUGAGGGGGCUAGAUGGUUCAUGCCUGACAAGUUACUCUGAGAUGGAGUCUGGUCUUCCUUGUAACAUUUAUCUGUGACCCAGCAUGAUACCUCCGCCUCCAUGCUGCUUGAUUUUUUUUUUUUUUCAUGUUGCAUGUAUCCAAGCCUGCCAGAUGUCUUGUUGCAUAGGAUCCAUGAUGGAGAAGUAAAAACUGUUUGUGGACUUAUAAUGAUAACAUUUUCAUUACAGUAAUUAUGAUAACAAUAAUAAUACAUUUUAUUUACAA